AUGGCCACCGUCAACACCAAGACCGGCCAGUCCGUUGACCGGGCCGUGCUCGACUCCAUGCUCCGUCGUCGCAUGUUCUACACCCCCUCCUUCGAAAUUUAUGGUGGUGUGUCCGGUCUUUACGACUAUGGCCCACCUGGAACCGCCUUGAUCGCCAACAUGACCGACUUGUGGCGCAAGCACUUCGUGCUCGAGGAGGACAUGCUCGAGGUCGACACCACUAUGUUGACUCCCCACGAGAUUCUCAAGACCAGUGGGCACGUGGACAAGUUCGCCGACUGGAUGUGCAAGGACCCCAAGACUGGCGAGAUCUUCCGUGCUGACCACUUGGUCGAGGAGGUUCUCGAGAACCGUCUCAAGGGUGACAAGGAGGCGCGUGGCCAGAAGGUCGUCGUGGACGAAGAGAAGGAAGCCAAGAAGAAGCGCAAGGCCAAGGGCACUGAGGCCAAGAAGCUGGACGAUGCCCUCGUCAAGGAAUACGAGGAGACCCUCGCACAGAUUGACAACUUCGGUGGUCCCGAGCUUGAGGCCCUCAUCAAGAAGCAUGACAUUCGCAACCCCGUCACCGGCGGCGAGGUGUUGCCUCCAGUCUCCUUCAACCUCAUGUUCCAGACCUCUAUCGGUCCUAGCAGCAACAUGCCCGGCUACCUGCGCCCCGAGACCGCUCAGGGCCAGUUCCUGAACUUCGCCAAGCUUCUCGAGUUCAAUCAGCAAUCCAUGCCCUUCGCCUCUGCUUCCAUUGGCAAGUCUUUCCGUAACGAGAUCUCUCCCCGCGCUGGUCUCCUCCGUGUGCGUGAGUUCCUCAUGGCGGAGAUUGAGCACUACGUCGACCCUGAGGGCGGCAAGAAGCACUCCCGCUUCGAGGAGGUCAAGGACACCGAGAUGUCCCUGCUUGACCGCAACGUGCAGCUCUCCGGCAGCACUCAGCUGACCACCAUGACCAUCGGCAAGGCUGUUGAGACUGGAUUGGUUGACAACGAGACCCUCGGUUACUUCUUGGCUCGUAUCCAGUCCUUCCUCAUGAAGCUGGGUGUUGACCCCACCAAGCUGCGUUUCCGCCAGCACAUGGCUAACGAGAUGGCUCACUACGCCACCGACUGCUGGGAUGCUGAGCUGCAGACCAGCUACGGCUGGAUCGAGUGUGUCGGCUGUGCCGACCGCAGUGCCUACGAUCUGACUGUCCACAAGGACAAGACCGGCGCCCCUCUCGUUGUGCGCCAGCCCCGCGCUGAGCCUCUCCGUGUUGAGGAGUACCAGAUUGACAUCGAGAAGAAGAAGUUCGGACCCCGCUUCAAGAAGGAUGCCAAGACUGUCGAGGCUGCCGUUGAGGCGCUCUCUCAGGAGCUGCGCGAGAAGCUGUCUCUGGACCUUGCCAAGGAUGGCAAGAUCGAGGUCGAUGUCGAGGGUGUCGGAUCUGGAAAGGUCGAGCUUGACAAGGAGCUCAUCAACAUCGAGAAGCGCACUCGCGUUGAGAACACCCGCGAGUACACUCCCAACGUCAUUGAGCCUUCCUUCGGUAUUGGCCGUAUCCUGUACAGCAUGAUCGAGCACUCUUACUGGUCCCGCGCCGGCGAUGAGACCCGUGGUGUCCUUUCUUUCCCUCCUGCUGUUGCCCCCACCAAGGUUCUGCUUGUUCCUCUCUCCACCCACACCUCCUUCAAGCCCCUCACCCAGCGUUUGACCGCCAAGCUUCGCAAGCUUGGUGUCUCCAACCGUGUCGAUGACUCUUCCGCCAGUAUCGGCAAGCGUUACGCCCGCAACGACGAGCUCGGUACACCCUUCGGUGUCACCGUCGACUUCCAGUCCGUCCAGGACAACACCUUCACUCUGCGCGACCGCGAUACCACCAAGCAGGUCCGUGCUACCGAAGACGAGAUUCUGCAGGCUGUCAAGUCCCUUGUCGAGGGCGACGAGACCUGGGAGGAUAUCCGCAAGCGCCUGCCCGAGUUCACUUCCCAGGAGGUCGAGUAA